GGUUUUGACUUUGGUUUUGGUGGCUUGUAGCACCACCACCACCAACAGUCCACCACCACCUCACUUCAUCUCUUCCUCCUUCCUCCUCUCUGCUCUCUUACUUCGCUUCGUCACAUCCAAUUCCCACCUCAGGUGGGGAAGAAGAGUCCAUAGGAAAGCUGCCACCUUUCCAUUGGGAUCUUCUCCUUGGUCGUCUCCUUCUGAUUGCAGGAAAAAUGGGCGACCAUUUUGCGUUGUUGGUGGACCGCCUUCUCACGGAGUCGACGCUCGAAGCGACUAUUGGGAUUGGGAGUAGGGUGGAAGGCCAAGUUGCCGCCAAUCCAUCAUCUUUGGAGGACCAAGGUAAAGAAAUUACCCGGAAGAGAAUCAUCCGAGACAGGACCUCUAUUGGGAAAUUGGUCGAGUGCCGAAUCUGCCAAGAAGAAGACGAUGAUUUCAAUAUGGAGAUUCCUUGUUCUUGCCGAGGUAGCUUGAAGUAUGCUCAUAGAAAAUGUGUUCAAAGAUGGUGUAACGAAAAGGGUGACACUGUGUGUGAGAUUUGCCUACAGCAAUUCAAGCCAGGUUAUACUGCUCCACCGAAGCUAUUCCGAUAUGGAACUACUCCUAUGAACUUCAGAGGAAACUGGGAGAUCACAAGACAGGAUAUUUAUGAUUCUCAGAUCAUAACAUUAGUUCCAUCUGAGCGUGAUACUUUGCAAUAUUAUGACAACGACCAUUCCAGUAGCAAAGUUUGUUGUCGAGUCAUAGCAUUAAUAUUCAUGGUUCUUUUGGUUCUGCAGCAUUUUCUUCCCCUCUUGAUUGGUGGAGCUGAACAAUACUCAUUCACCUUAUUCUCACUGAUGGUGUUGAGGACUACUGGAAUACUUUUACCUGUUCUCGUAAUUCUCCAAACAGUAAGAGUAUUUCAUCAGUGCCGUGAUCAUCAGGUAACUGGAGAAAUUACAGAUCCAUCAGGAGGCAGCAACUUAGUUAACUCAUGGCAUCUGGUGCAACCUUACUCGCAUCGCAUCCAAAUGCACUGACAUUGAAGAGAGGCAAUUCAAGUGAUGGGAAAACAAUCUGAUCUCUUAGUGGUGCAAGAAAAGUGUAUCAGGGUGUAUUCAGAAGAUAAUAUGAAAUGAAAUAGAGCGAAAAAUGGAA